UGAGGUUGACUAUAAAUAGAUGAGAAACUUGGGUCAGUAAACAAGCAGCCAAGGCUUUGUUUUUCAGGCUUUGAGAUGGGUUCAGUUGGUGUGCAGGCUUUUGUGGAUGAAGAAAAUCUCUCCAAUGGAACAAGGAUCCAACCUGUUUCAUCUACUCCAAAGUCAGAGCAUUGGAAAGAGAAUGGAGAGAAGAGGCAAACAUCAUUUACUUUGGGAGAGAGGCUGGGAUUGGAUGAGCUUUUUACCUUAAAUCUCUGGCGAGCAUCCGUCGGGGAGCUUCUUGGAUCAGCGGUUCUUGUCUUUGCAAUAGACACCAUAGUCAUUUCAUCCAUCCACACGGAAACAAAAACACCAAACUUGUUACUGUCAUUUCUCAUCGGAAUUACGGUCACAAUUUUACUUCUAGCUGUCCACCCUGUCUCCGGAGGCCACAUAAAUCCUGUAAUAUCCUUUUCUGCAACUCUCGUUGGCCUGAUCUCAAUGUCGCGUGCUGUUGUCUACAUUUUAGCACAAUGUGCUGGUGGUGUACUAGGUGCACUAGCCCUCAAAGCUGUGGUCAGCAGCCAAAUUCAGAAUGCUUUCUCACUUGGUGGCUGCACACUCACUGUAAUUGCACCAGGCCCUAAUGGCCCUCUUACAGUAGGCCUCGAAACAGAACAGGCCUUCUGGCUUGAGUUUAUUUGUACCUUCAUUUUCCUGUUUGCCUCAAUCUGGAUGGCUUAUGAUCACCGUCAAAGAAAUGAACUAGGCCUUGUUUUGGUUUUCACCAUCAUUGGACUUGUGCUAGGUCUUCUGGUUUUCAUUUCCACAACUGUAACCGGGCAAAAGGGCUAUGCAGGUGCCGGGAUCAAUCCAGCUAGGUGCAUAGGUCCGGCCCUUGUCAGAGGAGGCCAUCUCUGGGAUGGUCAUUGGGUCUUUUGGGCCGGACCUGCAGCUGCAUGUGUAGCUUUCUAUAUCUACAUUAAGAUCAUUCCAAGCCAACAUUUUCAUAUUGUAGGGUAUGAGAAACAUGACUUCUUCAAUGUUUUGAGGGCUCUGGGAGGUUCAAAUGGUGGGCACUGAAGUAAUUGCUUGGCCUGUGAAAAGGCUUACUGUUAAGGCUUAGAAUUAUGUUUACUUUGUCAAUAUGUUGUUUACUUGUACUUUAAACUGUAUUUACUCCUAAAAUCCUUGGUUUUAACUCCAAAUAGGAAAUCAAAAACAAGGAAACACAGUAGUUAAGUAAUACAAUCUCCUCUGUGUACUUAUUGUUUUAUAGUAUUCUGUUUUCUA